AUGUAUUUGGAUGCAACCUUAGAACUGAUACGUCGUAUAAUUGCAGGUAUCUUACUUGACUCCUUUAUGGGUGUUGUACUGUUAUUAUCAUUGAUUCAUCAUUAUACUACAACUUUUUUCGAAACAGAACCUGAUUAUAGAGAUACAAGAUCAUCAAGAACAGAAAUAGUUGAAUCCUCUCGUUAUAUUAUUCACGAUGAUAAAAAGGGUAAUCCUAAUCAAAAUCAUAAAAAAUGUUAUGAAGAUAUUAAAAUGACAAAUAAGAAAAAUACUAUCGAUCAUUUAGAAUGUAGAUUAGUUCCUUCAUUAAAUUAUUAUUUUGGUUUACAUGAUAUUGAAAUUGAAGAAUUUAAGAUUAAAACUGAAGAUAAUUAUACUUUGGAUAUAUGGCAUUUUAAAAAUCCUGUCAACGAAAACAUAAAACGUAAACCAUUACUAAUGAUUCAUGGUCUUUUACAAAGUUCUGGUGCUUUUGCAUCUGGUUCUAAAAAUUCUUUAGCUUAUUAUUUUUAUUCAUUAGGUUAUGAUAUUUGGUUAGGGAAUAAUAGAGUAGGUUUUACUACAGAAGCUAAUGAUGAUGAAUACUGGGAUUGGGAUAUUAAUGAAAUGGCAGAAUAUGAUUUAGUUACAAUGGUUGAGUUUGUUAAAAGUAAGACUCAAUUUAAAAAAAUUUCUUUAGUUGGUCAUUCUCAAGGUACCACUCAAAUUUUUUUAGCUUUAAUUAAUAACUAUAAUGAUAUUGUUAAUGAUAUUGAAAAUUUUAUUGCAUUAGCACCUGCAACAUAUCCCGGUCCUUUAUUAUUUGAUAGUAUUGUAAUAAAUUUUUUAGCAAAGGGAGUACAAAGUAAAUAUAUUUUUGGUAAUAAAUGUUUCUUAAGAAUUAUGAUGAUUGUUAGAAAUAUUUGUGUUGGUAAAGCAUUCUUUUCAUUUAUUUGUUAUGCAAUUUUUAAUUAUUUAUUUGAUUGGAAUGACACUCUUUGGGGUGGUUCAAAUUUGAGAAAUAGACAUUUCUUAUUCUCACCAGUAUAUGUUUCAGUUAAAUUAAUGAAAUGGUGGUUAGGUUCGGAUCCUUCUAAACCAAGUUUUAAAAAUAAACCAGAUGAAUUGUUCCCCGAAACUUCUGCAUGGUUUGAUAAAUUUAAUCCAGGAGAAAAAAACUCAAAUCCAAAUAUAUUAUUAUUUGUUCCAAAACAAGAUAGAUUAGUUGACGGUGAAAGGUUAAUUAAUCAUUUUGUUAAACAUGAAAAUAAUGUUAAUUAUAAGAUUUGGUAUAUUAAUGAAUAUUCACAUUUAGAUGUUUUAUGGGCUACCGAUGCAAUUGAAAGAAUUGGUAAACCAAUAGCAGAAAAUAUGAAAUUUAGUGAUCCUGAAUUGUUACCAAUUCAAGAAGAGACAGUAUCUGUUUAA